UUAGAGCUCAUAAUAAGGAGCAGUAUAUGAACAGUGAUCGCUUCCUCUUCCUCCAGCUUUAUUUCUAGCUAGGGCUGAGUUUCAGUUUCACAGCUAAGUUGAAUCAACUGCAAGAAACUAUACAAAGCAGAUGUUCGUUUUGUCUCUCUUUGUACAGUUUGGAUGAUUUUUUGAACGACUGAGCUGAGACCCUGACAGCCAACGAAGAUGAGCAACCCAUUCAGAUUGGAGACGGACGACAGGACAGAUGAGAUGAGGGCAGAGGACAGAGCCAAAAAGAAGGCAGCAGGAAAAUGCCCAGGCAAGAGCAGAGGGCCUAUGGACACGGACUGCCUAGAUGACCACGAGACCCCCAUCCAAUGUCGAUAUAAUCUGAACUUCAAUAAAAAUAAACGAGGGAUAAAAGAAGAUCCGUCUCAGAGAGAGAAGGAGAGGUUUGAUAUUAAGAGGCUGUUUGAUGCCGUGGCCAGCGGUGACGUAUCUAAGCUAGAGGGCCUGAAGGAGUAUCUGAGCAAAACGAAUAAGAAACUCACAGACACUGAAUAUCGACACAAUGGUAAAACAGCUCUGCUGAAGGCUCUGUUAAAUCUGAGGAACGGAGAGAACGAUACAGUGGAACACUUGCUGAAAAUCCCAGAGAAAGAAGAAGAUCUGAAGGAGUUGGUGAACGCCCCGUACACAGACUGCUUCUAUAAAGGUCAGACUCCUCUACAUGUUGCGAUUGAGAGGAGGAGUAAGCACUUUGCUGAUCUGCUGAUCCAGAAAGGGGCUAACGUCCACGCUAAGGCCUGCGGGAGCUUCUUCCAGCCUCAUGGAGAAACAUGUUUCUACUUCGGAGAGCUUCCUCUGUCUCUGGCUGCCUGCACCAAUCAGAAGGAGAUAGUGGACCUGCUGAUGGAUAACCCGGUCAGUAAAGCAGACGUGAGGGAGAAGGACUCUCAGGGGAACACGGUGCUCCACGCUCUGGUGGCGGUGGCAGAUAACAGCCCCGAGAACACCGACUUCGUCAUCUGCAUGUACGACUACAUCCUCACCAAAGACGCUCACAUGAACCCUAAGAGGCAGAAGCUGGAGGACAUCCAGAACAACCAGGGACUCACCACCAUCAAACUGGCGGCCAAGACCGGGAAGAUAGGAUUGUUUGAACACAUUCUGCAUCGUGAGUUCCAGCAGGAGGAGUGCAGGCAUCUGUCCCGGAAGUUUACAGAGUGGGCAUACGGUCCUAUAUAUUCCUCUCUAUAUGACCUGGCCUCUGUGGACACCUACGAGAAAAACUCAGUGCUGGAGAUCGUUGUGUACGGCACAGAGAUACCGAAUCGUCUGGAGAUGCUCCAAGUUGAACCCCUUAAUAAACUGCUGGAAGACAAAUGGAACAGAUUUGCUCAUCGGAUAUUUUUAUUUAAUUUUAUUUGCUAUCUCAUCUACCUCUUCAUCUUCACAGCCAUCUGUAGUCACCAUAGAGAAGGACAGGCAUUUCUCCCUGAGAAAACCACCAGUGGCUACCUAUUCUUCACCGGUGAGAUCAUCACAUGUGCUGCAUCCGUGUAUUUCUUCAUUAAAGGGUUGAUGGACAUGAUGAGGAAACCACCCAGGAUGAAAACCCUGCUUAUAGACGGCUAUUCGGACCUGAAUUUUUUUUUCCAGGCGGUGUGUUUCCUGCUCUGCGUGGUGCUGUAUGCGUUUGACAGUAAGGCGUAUCUGGCGUUCCUGGUGGUGUGUCUGGCCUUCAGCUGGGUCAACCUCCUGUACUUCUCCAGAGGAUCUCGCCACAUGGGCAUCUACAGCGUGAUGAUCCAGAGGAUGAUCCUUAGCGACAUGCUGCGCUUCCUCUUCGUCUACAUCGUCUUCCUCGUCGGGUUUUCAGCAGCUGUAAAUACACUACUUAAGGAGUCUGACCUGGAGCCCGCCCCAACAUCUCCACCGACAUCUCCCCCAACGUCUUCUCCAAAAACCCACACGAACUGCAGCCGUGUAGGCGGACGCUCGCUGUUCACAGAUCCAGAUACAUCAGAGGGCUGCACAAAGCCCACCUAUAAAAACAUCUCCUUCACCACGCUGGAGCUGUUCAAGUUCACCAUCGGCAUGGGUGACCUGGAGUUCACGGAUCAGUACCAGUACCAGCACGUGUUCUACAUCCUGCUGAUAACCUACAUCAUACUGACGUACAUCCUUCUGCUCAACAUGCUGAUCGCCCUCAUGAGCAAGAGGGUGGAGAAGAUGUCCAAGGAGAGCACCAGCAUCUGGAGACUGCAGCGAGCCAUCACCACUCUGGAUCUGGAGAGAACUCUGUGUUGGUGUCUGAAGACUAAGCUGAGGUCAGGAGUGGAGAGAGAUCUGGGAAAAAGAGAGACAGACGUACGGCAGUGCCUCAGAGUGGAAGAAGUCAACUGGAACAAAUGGAGCCGUCACGUGGGCAUCAUCAGUGAAGACCCCGGUGACUUCAGCCGAGGCCCACCGUCUCCCACCAGACCUCAGAGAGGACAAACCUGGCGCGGGUUCCUGCGGGACUUCAGUCGACGGAGGCCCAUGACCCGCAUCUCUGAAGAUGAAGAACAGGAGAUGAAGCCUAUGGCAUAUACCUCCGUCUGAUGAAAGAGGAGUACUUUAAUUUAUGGGUGAGGAGCCAUGGUCAACCCUCCUCUAAAACUAAUGCUAACUAAUGCUAAUGGUACAUUUUUGUGAACAUUUUUAUGUUUAAGAGCUGUCAGUGUAAAGAACCUUUAAAAUGGUAAGAAAACACAUUUAUACUGACUUAUUUAUCCUUUAAAAUGUUCUUCAUACUCAUAUCUCUUUUACAAUAAUGAUUCUUUAAAUGUUACUUAAUAGUGUUGUAGUCAAGAUCGCUAGAGUCAUGACCAAGACAUAUUGAGUCUGAGUCAAGACCAAGACCUGGACAUAUUGAUUCAGAGUCAAGACUGGGACAUAACAAGUCUGAGUCUAGACCCAAACUAGGACAAAUCCAGUUCAAGUCAAGCCCAAAACUAAGACAUAUCGAGUCCGAUUCAAGACCAAAACUAAGACAUAUGCAGUCCAAGUCAAGAUCAAGACUAGGACAUAUGCACUCAGAGUCAAGACCAAGACUGAGACAUAUCAAGUCCGAGUCAAGAUCAAGACAAGGACAUGCAGAGUUCAAGUCAAGACCAAAACUAGGAAAUUUCCAGUCAGAAUCAAGUCCAAGACAACAACAUAUCCAGUCCGAGUUAACACCAAGAUUGGGACAUUUUGAGUCUAAGACAAGACCAAGACUAGGACAUAUCGUGUCAGAGUCAAAGCCCAGGCUGGCAUAUAAUGAGUCAAGACCAAGAACGGGAUAUAUCUAGUUCGAGUCAAGACCAAGACUGAGACAUAGCGAGCCUGAAUCAAGACCAAGACCAGGACAAACAGAGUUAAAAUUAAGACCAAAACUAGGAAAUAUCCAGUCCUAAUCAACAACAAGACUGGGACAUACAGAGUUUGAGUCAAGACCAUAACUAGGACACAUCUAUAGUUAAAACCAAGACUAAGUCUGAGUCAAGACCAGGACACAUUGACUCUGAGUCAAGACUAAGACUAUGACAUUUCCAGUCUGAGUUAAGACCAAGACAGGGACCUAUUGAGUCAAAGUUAAGACAAAUUCCAGGACAUGUUAAGUCUGAGUCAAGUCCAAGACUGGAUAUAUCCAAACUGAGUCAAGACUAAGACUGAGACUUGUUAAGUCUGAGUCAAGGACAUUUUGAGUCUGAGUCAAGACCGAGCCCAGGACAUAGCAAGUCCGAGUCAAGUCCAGGACUGCGACACAUCCAGUCCAACUCAAGACCAAUACCGGGACAUAUAGUCCUAGUGAGGUCCAAUACCUGGACAUGUUGAGUCUGAGACAAGAUUCAACACCAAAACCAGGACAUAUAGAGUCCAAGUCAAGACUAAGACCAGGACAUAUCCAGUGCAAGUUAAGACCAAGACCGGGAAACACUGAGUCUGAGUCUAGUCCAAGACCAGGACAUGUUGAGUCUGAGACACGACCAGGACUGGAUAUAUCCAAUCUGAUUCAACACCAAAACCGGGACAUAUAGAGUCCGAGUCAAGACCAAGACAGGGACCUAUUGAGUCAGAGUCAAGACAAAUCCCGGGACAUGUUAAGUCUGAGACAAGACCAGGACAUAUUCAGUCUGAGUCAAGUCCAAGACUGGAUAUAUCCAAACUGAGUCUGAGAUUUUGAGUCAAGUCUGAGUCAAGACCGGGGCAGUCCGAGUCAAGUCCAGGACUGCGACAUAUGGAGUCCAACUCAAGACCAAUAGCGGGACAUAUUAAGUCCUAGUGAGGUCCAAUACCUGGACAUGUUGAGUCUGAGACAAGAUUCAACACCAAAACCAGGACAUAUCCAGUGCAAGUCAAGACCAAGACCGGGAAACACUAAGUCCGAGUCUAGUCCAAGACCAGGACAUGUUGAGUCUGAGACAUGACCAGGACUGGAUAUAUCCAAUCUGAUUCAACACCAAAACCGGGACAUAUAGAGUCCGAGUCAAGACCAAGACAGGGACCUAUUGAGUCAAGACCAAUAAUGAAACUGCAAAUAUGAGACAAGAAUAAUGAGACAAGCCAAAUAUGGCUGAGACGAUUGAACUUGAAUACUACAACACUAUUAGUUAAAGAACCUUUACCAAACCACCUCAUUUUUUAGAUUUAAGAUCAUAGGGAUCUGCUGAAAGACUGUGCUGGGCUCUCCUGUAAAACUGUAAAACUGUAACAUACAUGGUAAAAUAUAUGUUUGUGUCCGUUUGAAAUUUAAGAUCAAAUAUGUAACGUAUUUUACAAGCUUUCUAUGUCUGUGUUUGAGCAAGAAGGGCCAAAAUCAUUGAUCUGAAUUUCCAUUAGCUUAGUGCUAACAUAGUAUUAGAAUCCCUUAAGAGGACUAGCAGAAAUGACCAUAAUCUCAAAUGUUUGCAGCCUAAAUGUAAAGCUUACAUCUACAUUUUUAAGACUGUAUAUAUAUAUUGUACUAACACGGUACUGACCCAGUGUCCACAUUUUCACUGUAAUACAGGUUCUCUGUGCUACUUCCAGCCCUGUAAAAAGUGACCUGACUGCAGUUUACGCUUUACUAAUGUUCUGCUGUAAUGUUGAGAAAGUUUAUCCCAUGACAGUGGGUUGUGUUGUGAAUGCUGUAUUAUGUUUUAUACACUUUGUACAGUUGUAAUUAAUAAAGUGAUUAUUAAAUGUGUUAAAAAUAAAA